AUGAUUCGCAGCCGGCUAGCUGCUGCGAAGCGCAUCGGAUUCGUCGGCCUCGGCAGCAUGGGCAGCGGCAUGGCUGCCAACCUAGUGGCGAAACUUGCAGCUGGCAAGCCGGAGGGCCAGGCCCUCCUCUUUGAUCGCUCCGGUGUGGCCGUCCAGCGCGUGGUGGCUGAGGCCGCGGCGGUGGCCGAGGCAGCUGUUGACCUGCCCCAAUUGGCGGCGAAGUGCGACAUUGUGUUCCUCUGCCUGCCUGAGGGUGGGGUGGUCCUGGAUGCCGUCCGCACCAUGUCGCCGACUUUGCGUGAAGGGGCUCUGGUGGUCGAUAGCAGCACCACGUCCCCGGCCGUCGCACAGAAGGCAGCGCAGCAGCUGGGUCAGCGAGGUGUUGGCUUCCUUGAUGCGCCCGUCACUGGCGCCCCCGCUCGGGCAGCUGCGGGAACGCUCACAUCCAUGGUGGGUGGCUCCGAGAAGCACCUGGAAGCGGCCCGACCUUUCCUGGGAACCUUUGCUACGAAGAUCCUGCACAUGGGCGAAGUCGGCAACGGUCAGCUUGCGAAGGCUUUGAACAAUUGCCUCUACAACGUCAGCUGCGCGGCCAUGGCCGAAAUGCUCCCUUUCGCCCUGCGCGCGGGGCUGCCGAUGCCGGCCUUCGUGGACGCCGUCACCUCCGGAACAGGGCAGUCCUUCGGUUUCAAUCAAUGGGCCUCUUUGGUCUUGCAGCGUGAGUUCGAGGCGCCAAAGCACGGCUUUCCCAUGGGGGCGGCUUUCAAAGACCUCGAGACGCUGGUAGCGGCGGCCUCUGCGGAAGGCCUUCCGGUACCCCCUGUCGUUGCGGCCACGCUGGCCACGUACCAGCGAGCGCUGGCCAUGGGUCUCGGUGAGGAGCACAAGGGGGCAAUGGUGAAAGUCUGGGAGGCCCAGCUGGGGGUGUGUUGCUCUGGGACAGAGGCCGAGCAGAAGAAAUGA